AGCAACGCAAAGAACCUGAGAUAGCUGUAAACCCUAUUUUGAGACAAUCGAAUUUUUUUGUUAGGAUUAUAUAACAAAUUGACAAGAGGUGUAACUCCCAUGUUUAUUUUGGAAGAGUGAUUUGCGCGUGUUGUCUUUUUUAAAUAUUGUUUUUUUUUUCGUUUUAAAAGGAAUUGUACAGAUUGCUAAUUUAGCUAGCAACUGAUAGCCACCUAGCUUCUUAGCAUUGCAUCUUAUAUGCUUCAAGAGGCACGUUGACAUUAGGCUGCUAGCUAGCCAGAUCUUAGGAUUGCUAACAGUUAACAGUAGCGAUCUGUCACACAAACAUACACCUUCUCGUCGUCAGUAAGAAAUUGUGGUGUGAAGCUGGUCGUUUUAAGACGCCGUCUUUUAUGGGAUCACAAUGUCAAUGAAGGCCGGUGGAAAUCGCAGCAAGCCCGGCGGUGGCAACACCGCUGGUACCGCCGCCUCCGGUGCCGGAGGAAGCGGCGGGGGAAGACAGAAUCUGGGCAGGGGAAGACACAGUGGUAAAGGUCCCGCAGCAGUCAUUUUCAAUGGUGUAUAUGCAAAUAUGAGGAUGGUCCAUGUCUUGACUUCAGUGGUGGGGGCCAAGUGUGAGCUGAAAGUGAAAAACGGAGCAGUCUAUGAAGGAGUAUUUAAGACAUACGGUCCAGAGUGUGACCUGGUGUUGGAUGCAGCCCACAGAAAGAGCCCAGAGCCGAGCAUAGCCCCCAGGAAAGAGGAUAUUGUGGAGAGCAUCAUUUUCAAGGCCUCUGAUGUCGUAGUGGUGACCUUCAAAGAUGUGGACCUAAAUUUUGCCAGAAAAGUUUCCUCUGACACAGACAACUUCACAGAUGCAGCAGUGAGCAGUAGGAUCAAUGGCGAGCAUAAAGAGAAAGAUCUAGAGCCCUGGGAUGGAGGAGAGACCCACAACUCUGACAGCCUUGAGUCUCUGGAUACAGAUGUGGCCUUUUGUGAAAUUCUCUCUCUCUCUUCAUCUCAGUCAAACGGGUGGGACCCCAAUGACAUGUUCAAAUACAAUGAGGAGAAGUAUGGAGUCUUGUCUACAUAUGACAGCAGCUUGUCCACAUAUACGGUCCCCCUGGAGCGGGACAACUCAGAAGAGUUCCUCAAGAGGGAAGCGCGUGCUGCCCUGCUGGCAGAGGAGAUUGAGGCCAGUGCCACAUACAAGGCCCGUGUCGCCUUGGAGAAUGAUGAACGCUCUGAGGAGGAGAAAUAUACUGCUGUGGUGCGAGGGGAAAGGGAGACUCACACACUUAGCAGAGAGAACAAGUACAUUCCUCCAGGUCAGAGGAACAGGGAGGCGAUGUCAUGGGGACCGGGACGUCAGAAUUCCCCUCGUCUUGCUCAGAGCUCAGCUGGACCCCCCACUCCUCGACCAGGACCUCACGACUACAGUCCCAGCUCAGGGGCCGAUCAGAGGGUGGUUAAUGGAGGUUCAUCCCACUGGCCCUCACCCUGUCCAUCUCCUACCUCCCGCCCCCCCUCCCGUUACCAGUCUGGCCCCUCCUCCCUGCCUCCUCGGGCGACCACGCCCACCAGGCCACCCUCCAGACCCCCCUCUCGACCUUCCAGACCUCCCUCUCAUUCAUCCCACCCCUCCUAUCCCUCCUCCUCCUCAACCUCCUUUUCCCACCAUGGGCCCACAUCGCCAGCCUCCACUCUGCCCAAACGCAUGUCUUCAGAAGGUCCACCCAGGAUGUCUCCAAAAUCACAGCGGACGCCUCGUGCUCACAGAGUGCCACCCUGCCGGACCACUGGAGUCCCUCCAGGAGUGGACUUAAUUUCCCAUAAUGCACCUGGAGAGGUCCCAGUGACUCCACCAACCAGGAGCAGCUCCUCUGGAGGGACAUGGUCCUCAGUGGUUAGCGGAGCUCACAGACCUCGUUCCCCCAGACAGAAUAGUAUGGGUGGAGCCUCCCCUGGCCCCUCCUCCCUCCCGUCACCACAGACAGGAACAGCUCCUGUGGAAACUGCUUCUACACCAACAUCAGCUUCCUCUCCGACUGCUGCUAGCCCCGCCCCCAACAUGGUCGCCUCUCCAUCAGGUGAAGCAAAAGAGUGUCGUGUCCAAGAGACGAGACAAACAUCCCCCACGGCAAACAAGGAGAACAUCAAACCCAUGGACAGCUCACCUAGUAUCACCAGACCAGUCUGUAAAGGACCCCCUUCUAUGGCACCAGACCACAGAAAACAAAUAGAUAAUUUAAAGAAAUUUAGUGUAGAUUUUAGGUUGCAGUCUAGUUCAAACUCAGAGCCUGCCUUUGACCAGAUGAUGACCAAGCCUCCCAGAGAUCCAGCAGACAAGCCUAAAGACCUUCCCUUGGACAAAGCCUCCACCGUGGGGCGGGAGGGCAACGAAGAGGGCGUUGUAGGUAUUGCUGCUGGCACCCCUGGCGGUGCUCCUGCUCCAUCCACCACCACUGCAAACACCAGUAAGCCUGGCAGCCCCGCUGCGCUGUCCCCGUCUCCUUCCGCUCCGGACCAGAAGAGGGCGGGGCUGGAUGUGACAUCACAGGGAGUUCAGACGACGUCCACAUUUAGUGGUCCCAAGCAUGAAGAAAAGGAGGAGAAAAAGGAGGCAGUGCAAGAUCAAGUGAGAAAAUCAACCCUGAACCCAAAUGCCAAUGAGUUCAAACCCAGGUUCAAUACGCAGCCCAAACCAGCCAACACCCCGACGCCUCCCCGGCCUCAGGGCCAACCCAGCCCCUCCAUCGUAGUCCAGCAGCCCCCGACUGUGUAUGGCCAGACAGUCUGCUUCCCCCAGAUGUAUCCCCUUACACCAGUCAGCCCUGGAGUGCAGAAAAGCAUAAUAUGGAAGUCUCCAGCUAUGUAUCAGGUUCAGAUGCCUCAUAUGACGGUCAGCCAGUCUAAACCCUACAGACCAGGUAAAGGUGAGAAUAACAACUGCCUUGUCAUAUCUCUCUCUCUCGCUCUCUCUCUCUGUGUGUCGCGCUCUCUGAAGCGGACUAAAUAAAUGUGGUUGGGAAAG